AUAGGGGGCGACCGUUGGGUUCCCUCAGGGCUGCCCGACUGCCUGGUUGCCCGUCUGCCUCCCUCCCUGCCUCCCUCCCUCCCUGUCUGCCUCUCGUCGGCCGACCCGUCUCGUCCCCGGCUCCGUCUCCGUCUCCGUCUCCAUCUCGGUGCCCGACUCCCUCCGGCCUCCCCUCGGUGCCCCCUCGGUGCCCCCUGGGCGCCCGACGGGCCCCGGGCCCUGCCGACGGGCGGCGGCGUCGUGGUGGUGGUGGUGGUGGUGGUGGUCGUCGUCGUCGUCGAAGCGCGGCCUCCUCAACCCGCGCUGUGGGACCGAGCGGCUGAGGGAGCGAGGGAGAGGCCCUCCGCGCUCCGCCCUCUCGCCCUCUGCCCUCUCGCCCUCCGCCCUCUCGCCCUCCGCCACCGGCCGUCGGUCGUCGGACGGAGCGCCUGCUGUGGGCACAGCGCUCUACUACACCCACCUCCCAGCCCGUUGAGGUUUUACCGCUCAGGAGGCCGCCUGACAUUCUCAGACAUGGAUUCAGGGAAAAUCAGGAGCCCACCCGGAUCACUAACCGAAAUCUCACCUGAAUUGUCACGCACAUCUUUACCCGGAUCCCCACCCGGUGUCACGAUGGAAGAGCUGCCUUUCUAUGAAGUCUGUGCUGAGAUAGUAAAGCCCACCAGACUGGUGCCAAAGAAGUCUUUCAUAUCAAAGAAAACGAUAUUGUCUUUUGUGGCCAGCUCGAGGAUGUUAGACCAGAUCUUUAGCAGCAGAAAGGUUGAGCUGAUGAACAAGAAUCUCAAUAGGUUGCAGCUGCAGUUCAGGAUGUGUUUAUGGAACACUUUUCACCCUCAAAUGGAUCGCUUUCCUCUGGACCUUAGGGUCAGGGUCAACUGGCAGAGUUUGGAGUGGGGUGGCACGGAGCCCAACCGCAGUGCUCACCCACUAAAUAUCACCCAUCUGACCCACCUCUCUGACAGGGUGGCCAACAGAAUCCUAAUCAGUUGGUCUCCGAAAGAAAAACGGGUCUUUGCCGGGGCAGUGUACUUGGUGAUGAAGCUUACUGCUGAUGAUUUAUUGGAGAAACUGUGGGCUGAGAGCAUAUUGCCUGCAGACAAGACCCGAGCUUUGAUUCAGGAGAAUCUGGAAGGCAGCUCAGGAGAGCCCACCACCAGCAGCCUCCGCAUCUCCCUCAUGUGCCCGCUGGGACAGAACCGUGUGACUGUGCCAUGCCGGUCACUGUCUUGCUCCCACGUGGAGAUAUUUGAUGUGAUCCAGUACCUGAAGAAAAAUGAGAAAGAGGAAACAUGGAUGUGUCCCGUGUGUAACACCCAUGCUCCAUUUUCCAAACUCGCUCUGGAUCGAUAUUUCCUCGACAUCCUCAAUACCAACAUCUCUUGUGAAGAAAUUGUGGUACACCAAGAUGGAUCCUGGUCCCCGAUACCAUCUGAGAAAAAUUUGAUCGAUUAUAGUGAUGAGAGCUACAAGGGAUACAGAAGGGAGACUGCUUCUUUCAGUCCAACAAAGAGCAGCAGCUCGGAGGGAGAGAGGGAAUUUGAGCACGCUCCCAAGAGGCCGUGUCCAGUCACUGCAACAGCCAUCCUGGCUGCCAAGACCCGCGCGACAUGCAGCUCCGAGAUUGAGCUGCCUUGUUCCCCAUGCGGGGGCCUGGGGAUGGAGGUGAAGAAGGAGGAUGAGGGAGUCGCUGGCCUGCUUCCCCGGCCCCCAGCAUCCCUUCUUCCCUCGUCGAGUGCCAGCACCAUGGAACUAGAGCUGCCAGUCACGGUCCAGAGGCCGGACCAGGCCCGGGACAUCCAGACGACAAACCAAGAGUCGCCAGGUUCAGGCUCACUGAUCACCCAAAUGGUUAACUACACCCAGGAAAAGAACCUGUCUAUGUACCGUGAAUGUUUUAAACAGUGUGACGUCUCGUCCCACUUGACCUCUCCAAAAACCAGUCAAAGCCACUUCUCGGUCCGCCUUCCAGACUCAGAUCCUAAACCAUUUUCUCUACUGAUGUCCGUCAAGUCCACCUGCCAUAAAUGGAGCCCUCCUUUUUGCUUCGACCUUGACGACGGAGAGGAGGAAGAGGAUGAGUCCCUGGCCCCGGGCCUUCUCACCCCAAAGGCCCAGAUGACCCCAUCCGCGGGGCCAAUGGGAGACACUAUAGGGAGGGCUGACCCUGGGAUGGGGACUUUUUCCACCCCGGCUGGUCAGGCUCCUUCUAGCAGGGCAAGUUCAGGUUUUUUCUCCAGAGUGCAGCAGGGUCUGGUCCCCAAGGCGGGUAGUGCUUCAUCCUUCAGAACGAGUCGGCCUUGGCUCACCAGUGAACGUUGGCCUUUGGUCAACCGGCGGGGUAAGGUUUUAUCCAUCAGGCCAAAGCAGGGUUGGGCUUCAUCCACCCAGGUGAGAGGUGCUUCCUCCACCAGAGUGACUGAGGCUUUCUUCCCCAGGGCGAAAGAGGCUUCCUCCUCCAGGGCAGGCGAGGCUUCCUUUUCCAGGCCGAGUGAGGCUUUUUCCUCCAUGACAGGCAAUGCUUUUUUCUCCAGGCCUAGUGAGGCUUUCUCCUCCAGGGAGAGAGAGGCUGCUGCCUCCAGUUCAAGUGAGGCUUUUUUGUCCACAGUGAGAGAGGCUUCCUCCUCCCUGCUGAAUGAGGCUUCCUCCCCCAGGGCAAGGGAGGCUUUCUUCUCCACGGGGAGAGAAGUUUCCUCCUCCAGGGUGAGUGAGCCUUCCUUCCCCAGGCUGAGGGAGGUUUCUUCCUCCAGGACAACUGAGGCUUUCUUCUCCAGAGUGAGAGAGGCUUCCUCCUCAAGGGCAAGUGAGGCUUUUCCCUCCAGGGUGAGUGAGGCUUUCUCCUCCAGGGCAAGUGAGCCUUCCUUCUCCAAGGCAAGCGAGACUUCCUUCUCCAAGGUGAGGAAAACUUCUUCCUCCAGGACAAGCGAGGCUUUCUUCUCCAGGGCAAGGGAGGCUUUCUUCUCCAGGGCAAGGGAGGCCUCCUCCUCUUCCGGGGCAGUUGGUGGUCAGUCCAUGCAGGCAGGUGGGGAUGCGUCCUACUUGGAUAGUGAUGAGACUGAGGCCCACGAGAUUUUGUAAAGGGAGGGGGACAGAGUUCACAGCCCCCCUACCCUCCACUCAUCCCUUCUUCUCCCCCCACCUCAGGUCACUGUCAAAGGGCAUGUCCAGGUUGAAGAUGUUCAUCUCCCUCCCCAUCCCUUGCAUGCUGUAUCUAGGGCCUGCUUGGUAGCUUUUGUUCAGGAGGGUUGGGAGCAGGUACAUACUUUACAUGGCUGUGAUCUCUCCCUCCCUCAUUCCUGUUGCUGUUUGAAGUUGUUAGGAAGGGACCCCCACACACACCCCAUAAGAAUAGUGUUAAAUUUGCAUAGAAUUUUGCUGAAGUUGGUUACAAUGCACUUCUCACCCCAUUGGUAUCAAGAAAUUUUCAAUUAAUAAAUUCUAAAAUGUUCUAAAAAUA